GUAGUGCUGAGCCACGGGAGGCAGCAGCCCUGCCCCCUUCCUGGGGGUCUGGCCUUUGUUCCUGCUCCCUAAGGCCCCCGAGACUGGCUGUCCCUCUGGGUGGUAUUGUUGGUCCACAGGGUCCCAGUAGGGGCACUGGGCAGUAGCUGCCACUUGGCCAAGUUGUGGCAGGCUUGCGUGAGUGUGUGGUGAGGGGGCGUCUUGGAAGAGGCCUACAGGCGGCCUACAGGCCGAUGACCCCUUGGGUCAGGAAAUGGGAAUGGGGUGUAGAGGCCAGGGCUUUUCCUACUCCCCUUGGGCUGCACAGAUGCAGGCAACCCUGGCCAGCUGACCUGCCUGACUUAGAGGGCCCUGGUGGUGGCCAGAGCUCCCAGGGGGGAGCUAUGCAUGGUCUCCCAGGAUUCCAGCAGCCUCUGCUCUGGCUGGCAGCCCGUGGGCCCCCUUCCCACUUUUGCGGGUAUACCACCUUUGGAUGUCCCCAAGCCCAUGUGCCAGGGUGCAGAGCCACCAUGGUGAAAGGGGUAGGGGCUGGGCUCAGCAUGUCUCUGGUCCAUGGACCCUUCCCUCAUCACACAGUUGCUGCUGCUGUGACAGCCAUCUCACGUUGAGGCCAGAAGAGGCGGAGAGGUGAAAAGACCGCCAUACCUGUGUCUCUGACAAGACACAAGAGCUUUUCAGUAGAGACGGGGUUUCGCUAUGUUGACCAGGAUGGUCUUGAUCUCUUGACCUCGUGAUCCACCCGCCUCGGCCUCCCAAAGUGCUGGAAUACAGGUGUGAGCCACCGCGCCCGGACAGAUUCUGUUCUUUGAAAUGAUGCUUUCUCCGGUAUUCUGUUAUAGCAGCACAUGAGGACAAAGCCUGGGCGUGCAGGUGGGCGUGUGCAAGGGUGUUGGAGGGUGUUUGACUCAAUUUUUAGACCACAUUGGGGCCAGGAUACCUGCAGGUGUCAGGGGACAUUAACUUCAGACCUUGGUGAAUAAAAGCCAGUGUUCCUGAGUUUGGCAAGAAAACCUUUGGUAGAGACUCUUCAUAGCCACUCCAGGCUACAAGAUGGGGUGUUUGUUUCAUCCCUACCCACCUUCCUGUCCUCGCCCCAAAGGCAAUGUCAGCAGCUGGCCGGCAUCAGAGGCACUCAGAUAGGAGUCCUUGGAGACCCCCGCCCAGGGGAACUGGAAGUGCCUCGAGUUCUGAGGGAUGGGGCGGCAGGGACAGGAGGGGAUGCCGUUAAACAGGCUGACCCUUCUCAGGAGAGUCCCUUCCCUGGCGUGGGUCCUGGUGAAACUGUGCCCCGAGUUAAGGCAGUGACUGAAGUCCUGAGCUUACAGGACUGCCAAUGAAACAACUUGCUCAAAUGCAGAGACUCCCUCCGCUUGUGAGAUUAAGGAAAAAUGGAGCCAGUGCAUUUGCCCAGAACCAGCUCGCUGAUGUCACAGCCUGAAUGUCACAUGUGCUUCAUGACGAGGACCUGCGAGUUUUGGCGAUGGACACUCCCCAGAGUUCCGGCCCCCCUGAAGCCACAGGCAAUAGCACAAAGCUGGCCUUGCCACCCCGAAUCUCCCGAGUGAAUGGCUGUUCACCGCCUAGGAAUGCCUUCCAGUCAGUGUCCUGGGCCAUCUUCCUGACCCUGUCCUUGGCCAUCUUCGGAAUCUUCAUUCCCUUCCUGCCUCACACGUGGAAAUACAUCGCCUACGUGGUGGCCGGGGGGAUUUUCUUUUUCCACCUCAUCUUUCACCUGAUCGCCUGCUACAUCGACCCAGCUGACCCCAGCGUGAGACUCAAGGACUAUUCUCAGCCCUUGCCCAUCUUCGACAGAUCCAAACACGCACACGUGAUCCAGAACCAUUACUGCAAUCUGUGCAAGGUCACUGUGACCAAGAAAGCCAAGCACUGCAUUGCCUGCAACAAGUGUGUGUCCGGCUUUGACCACCACUGCAAAUGGCUCAACAACUGUGUGGGGAGCCGGAACUACUGGUUCUUCUUCAGCACUGUGGCCUCAGCCGUGGCUGGCCUGCUCUGCGUGAUCGCCAUCCUGCUGUACAUCCUCAUCCAGUACUUCGUGAACCCCUGGGUGCUCCGCACAGACCCCAAGUAUGAAGAUGUCAGGAGUGCGAACACAUGGCUGCUGUUCCUCCCGCUGUUCCCAGUGAAGCUGAAGACCCCGAUGGUCAUAGUCAUCGGGGCGGCUGUGUUCCUGCUGGACCUGCUUGGCUUGCUCCAGCUAGGGCAGCUGCUCAUGUUCCACAUCUACCUGAAGGUCAAGAAGUUGACCACCCUUGAUUAUCUCACUCAGACCCGUGAAAAUGAAGAGAGUUUAAAAUGCUAAGCAGAGAGGAAAGAUCCAUCCGUGCAAAUGGGGGAAGGAUAUCUUCAGCAAAGAGAAGGAGACGGCGCCCUGGGCUCUUCCGCACAGGGGAACUGCCUGCGGGGCCACCUGGGCGUUUGGAACAGUGGACCACAUGGACACCUGACGACUCUCAGCCUUCGUCUUCAGUGCAAGCCUGACCUAGCCCAUCACAGUCAGAGUUCUUCCAAAUGGGGAAAGUCAUCUACACCCGUGACAUUGUUUCAGUACAGAACAAUCCAGUCACCAAAUGCCUGUGGAGAGCGAGGAUUCGGGCCCGGGCACAGCUAGGUGGGAGCUUCGGGAAGAGGGGACAGUCUGUUCCAAUGGUGGUUCUCAGGCCAGUCCACCGAGAGCGGUCUGUCGUUGCCUGUGUUGCUCUGCACUACUGUGGAUCAGUAAACACGGGGGUGGGAUGGAAACACGGACACCCAGCAGGGUCCCACAGGCUUUCUGUACAGCUUCAGGGGGCUCCCAUCGGCUCGUGUCCACGAAGUGGCUGCUGUUAGCUUCCCACCUGCCACAACAAAUGACCACAGAUCCAGGCAUGUCGGCUCCGUGGGUCUCAGGCCUGGGCUGGCCCAGAGGGUCUGUGCCUAGGGCCUUGCAGGGCAGCAGCCACGGUCAGGGGCCAGAGUGCUCUCUGGGGCUCCUGAGGAAGAAUCUGUCCCAAGCUCCUUCAGGAUGCGCUGGGCAUCACGGUUUUCUGAGGCACCACCAUAAGGCCCCCAUAAGCACAGGGGGUCGUAGUAUCCUCCUCCUGCUUUCAUUCUCCGGGUUCUUCCUUCUCACUUCUGUUUUCUGAGGCUCAGGUGAUUACUGGGGCCUGUGAGGACAAUCCACGUCCCUGCUCCUGUCUUAGGGUCCUCUGCCUGCUGUGAGAGAUUGCCACAAAUGUGGAACGCUGUGGGCCCCAAGACGCCAUUCUGCCAUGUAGCAGUGAGCCAGGCUAUACCUGCUGGCUAAGGCACUGGUCUAGGGUGGGGCCCGCACAGUGGGAGAAAGCCCUGCUUUACAGCGUCCCAGUGGGAGGGAGUCAUGGUCCUUUACACGCAAAUCUCCUUCCAUUUCCCACUGUGCAGUAACCUGGGAGCACUCACACAACCUCCCGGGAGCUGCUGGUCUCCAGGUUUUGAGACAUGUGGCCUCACAGCAGUGGUGCUUAUAGGACACGCUGCAGCCCCCAGCUACCCUUAGGCCCUCACAAAGCUGAGAUGAGUUUCUUUCCUCCUGCCCGUC